GUGAAAGAUUUUCUCAAGGUAACUCGUCACCUGGGAUCUUAACUUUGCAGCCUCAGCAGAGGUUGAAAAAGAAAGGAAAUUUAAGAGAGUAAAUUUCAAACCAAUCUUUUCAGGAAAUUUAACUGCUGUCUUGUGAUAUGGUUCUGAAAGGUCCCUGAAUGAUAGCAUCAAAGAAGUCAUCAUUUAAUAAGAGCAACAAACCGAAUUCCUUAGCAGUUAAGCAAUGUGACACACCUUGGACAAAAGUGAUGACACGGUAACAGGAUGUCGAUAUGGAACAGCCAGAGAGCCAGGGCCCUCCUGUUACUGAGGAUAUUCCAGAACAUACUCAUAAUUCCUGUUUGGAAGAACAAGAUCUAUGGCCCUUAACUUGUCUUGAGCAGGAUGUAGACCAUCUCAGUCCUGAACAGUCAGACUGCUGUAAUGCUGCUGAUGAAGAGAAGCUAAUCUGUGAAAAUGGUGCUGCUGACAAUAACCCACAAAUGGUUGUAGGAUCACAGCAUCCUACAAAGGGACUACAAUCAGGGCAUGAUAUUGGAUCAGAAACAGACAGAACUGAAGACCCAAGUGGUGUGGGCUCACAUUCUUGUGAACAUGAGGACAUUUUUGACAACAAUGAGAACACUGAUCCUCAAUUGUUAGCAACCUUAGAAGGUGCUGCCAUACAUCAAAAUGCAGAAAUAUCUAAUACAUUUAUUUGCACUGGAGAACAAAAAGACAUGCUGGAAUUUAAUGAUGUAGGUGAGCAGGACCUGUAUUCAGUAUUGCCAAACAAUACUAUACCCAAUGAACUGGAUAUUGUUAAAGAAGACUGCAGCUGUACAGCUGAUGUUUCGUUAGUAACUUCAGAAAGUAUAGAAACACAUGAAGAUUCUCACCCUUCCCUUGAGCCAAUGGACUCUGGCUUUACUGAUAUAGAAAAAUGUGAUGAUUGCCCUGUUGAAAUGCAUGUUUUGGAAUUGCUACCUGCAGCUGAUAUUCCUGAACUCUCCUCAGAUAGUAGUACACCAUUCCUUUCUGAAAGCUCAGCUAUCACAGAAGAACAGGUCUCCCUGGCAUUUAAUGCACAGGAGGCUGAUACUGAUGACUGCAUCAAAAGCAUGGAUGAUUUUCCCACAUGUGUACAGAACAAUGAAAUAUCCUCAUUAGCUAUUAUUGAUGCUGAUGGCAGUUGUCCAGAAGGUCCACUUGUAUCCACUGAUGAUGUAGUUAUGCCUGCAGAUUCAAGUGACAUUCUGGAAUCUCUGGAUCCCAUUCCUGGUAAUAUUAUCAAGGACACAUGUGAUCCUUCUUUCAUUACUGGACAAGAGUCUGAACUUCCAAGAAUUCUUUGUGAAGAACCCGCAACCACUGAUAUCUCAGACCUGCCUUUUGUUGGUCUUGACGUACGUACCAAGUCCAACGAAGUUCCAGAACCUCUAGCAACAGUCAGCAGUGAAAAUGACAUUGAUCUGCCUGACUCUCAGUUCCCUGUUUUUUGGGAAAAAGAACUGAUUACUCUGGAAGCUACUGAAGAACUCUCUGAUAAUAAAACACUGUCAUGCGUGAGUGAAACAUUAGAGGACACCAGAAGUCCAGUGCACCUGGCUAUGGAUUCUGAAAACACCAUGCAGGAUAAAUGUGACAGGACAUCAUCAACAGUGCAACACACUAAUUCAUCAACAAUAAUAAGCCCUGAAGAACUUUCUAGCAACAUGGAUGUACCACUGUCUUUGGCUGCUCAAGAUGUAAGUACAGAAAUUAGCCAUAGUCCAGACUCCACUGAGUUAAUAUCCACUGACAACAGACAUGAUGCACUUGAUCAACCUACCAAAGAUGAGCUACUUAUUGACCUGUCAACUUCAGCUGAUGCUCCAGAAGAACUUGCCACUACUGAAAACAGCAUGCCAUCUUCAUCUGAUCAGAGUGUGACAACACAAUCCACCAUUGUCACAGACAUGGAGUUUGUACCAACUGGUCUAGAGAAAGAAAACUCUGAAUAUGCUUACACUAAUUUUAUACUUGCACCAUCUGCUGACCCCCAGGAAUGCAGUAAAAGUAUGUUAGAGUUCUCAUUGCCUCCAGAUGAAAGAAGCAAUGUACUGCCCCCUUUACUGUGUGAAAAAAUAAGUAAUGAAGAGGGUACAUUUAGCACCUCAGAUAGUUUAAUCUUAACCAUUGCUGGAUCCAGCAGCUCAGGUGAAAUUCCAUUAACCACUACACAAGAGAAGAAUGAUGAACCGCAUCCUGAAAAUGUAACAGCUGGCAUAACUUGCACUGAAUCCAUCAUUGGUGACAAUGACAUGUUACUUCAAGAUGACCAUCAACAACUAACAUCCACAGAUUCAGAAGUGGACACAAGCAAAGUUACUAAUGGCAUGCAUAUAGUAGAUAAUUUACUUGAGAAUAUUAGUUCAGAUUCCCAAGGCCUCCCUGUCUCUACCAUGCACAUGGUGAGUGCUGACAGCUGUCAUGAGGUUGAAGUAUCAGGCACUGUCACUUACAGUGUAAUGGAACCUCAUAUAACUCAAGCAGUUCAUUCCACAACUACAGAUAGCACAAUGGACAUCUUAGAUAGUAACCAUUCUGAAGGCAAUGUUCUUGUUCAAAAUUUGGAUGUGGACGAUAUUUCAAAAUGUGAGUCAAGCUUUCUGACACACUGUACUGAUAAAACAAUACAAGAGACACCAUUCACCCAAAACAAUGAACCAACACCUUCAGAAUAUAUGGAAAUAACCUCCAUACCUUCUAUUGAUAUAAUGAGAGAAAAUCUCACAUAUGAUUUUAACAAUUUCAACUUGGAAGAAAUUGAUCAUCCGGAAAUGGCUACUGUUACAGUGCCAGUAAUACUACCAGUGCCUGAAGAAAUACUAGCUGAAUCUGAGAAAUAUACAGAUGAAGGACAGGCAUCAUUACUUCCAGAAAUAGCAAAAUCAGACUUGCAGCAUCCUUCUGUAAGCAAGCGUUCUAACUCUUGUCCUCUCAAUGUUGGUAUAACAAAGGAAAGUACCGAAAACAGACCUUAUCAUGAAGAAUCUGUUCUACUAGUACCUAGUAAUGACUGUUUAUCAACAGCCAUUUCAAAUGACAGCACAACUACCUCAGCUGAGUUAAAACCCCUGAUUUGUAAUGUGCGCUGCAGAACACAGUCCAGUCCAGUCUGUUUUGUUAGACGAGGCUCCAUGAGACAAACAAAACAAAGCAAGGGAAAUGAAGAGCAGACCCUUCUGGCAUACACAAAUCCAGUAGGAGAUGACACAUCAUUUGCUAACAAUUAUAAAAAGAUACAACACUAUACUUUAAAAUGGCCAGUUGAUCCAGACAUGGCAUCUUCAUUGCUUCAAGCAUCUGAGGUGGUUCAAAAUAACAGAUUAGGUUCACUUUUCAGGCAAAAUGCCAUGACAGAUGAAGCAAUGGGAUGCAGCCAGUCAGUGGUCUUUGCUCAUACUCAAGAACAUGGAAGUCAGAAAGUGACACAGGUCACUGACGUUUCAAACGAGAUUACCCACCAGGACAAGAUGGUUGCCCAUACUAAGGAACUCACUGAACAAGGUAAUGUGUUAGAGAAACUCAAAGCCUCUUUAUUAAAUUCAAAACAACAAACAGAGCCCAGGCAAAUCCUGACUCUAAAAACACACAAAGCACUGGAAAAGGCAUCCAACUGGCUGGCCAGUAGGCUGGAAUUUAACCAGGUUCCCCAUCAACCUGUUUCUGAAAGUAAUGAAGGACCAAAAACAGGUAGUGUGAACAUCAAGGAGUGGCACAGAAAGGGCAUUAAACGGCCUUCUGCACAAACCUGUUCAUUUGAAGAGAAUAUGGAAGAUGAGAAUGACAAUGAGGAAGAAGAUGUGAAAGGAAAAAGCUUGGGAACAGUGGAACUCAAAUUGAAUAUGCCUUCUCCAAGUGGUGUUCGACGUCGCAAGUCAAAGCUAGUCAACUCCUCUAUAAUCCUGUACCAGGAGUACAGUGAAGUUUCACUAACUCGAGAAAUCCAGAGGCAACAACGAGGUGACACAUUUUUGGACGUGAAUGAACCACCAUCUCCAAGACCACGGAGGAAGCAACUUUCAACUCAUGACUCUUUUCUCCAUCGCCUUUCAGUAUGUAAUGUGGUAAACUUGUGGCAAGAUAUUCCAGAUGUACGGCAAAGUGGUGCCCUCUCUUCCAUGACGUCUGAAGAACAAAAGCUACAAGAGGCCAAGUUCGAGCUUAUUGUCUCUGAAGCAUCCUACCUCAGAAGUCUGAACAUUGCUGUUGAUCACUUCCAGCGUUCAUCAGAGCUUAACGCCAUCCUGACUCCACAGGAUAAGCAGUGGCUUUUCUCCAGAAUGCAAGAAGUACGGGAUGUCAGCACAAGCUUCCUAGCAGACCUGGAGGACAAUCUGGAGGAUGAUAUCUUACAUUUCAGUGUUUGUGAGGUGAUCCUGAAACACUGCCCUGAUUUCCGGAAGGUGUAUCUGCCCUAUGUAACUAAUCAAUCCUACCAAGAGCAAACCUAUAAACGUCUCAGUGACAACAACCCUCGUUUUCAACACGUGCUGGAAAAACUGGAGAGUGAUGCCAUUUGUCAGCGCUUAUCUCUUAAAUCCUUUCUUAUCCUGCCGUUCCAGAGGAUUACACGUAUGAAACUGCUUGUCCAGAAUAUUUUGAAACGAACUCGCCAAAGUUCUAAGGAAGAAAAGGAAGCAUCUGAAGCGUAUGAUGCACUGGAGAAGCUGAUCCGGGACUGUAAUGAGAGCGUACGUAAGAUGAAGAGUACUGAGGAAUUAAUCCAUCUUAAUCAAAAGAUAGAGUUUGAGUGUAAGAUUUUCCCACUGAUUUCCCAGUCAAGAUGGUUAGUAAAGCAUGGAGAGCUGACAGAACUUGAAUACAGCUGGUCAUUUUCCAUGAAAGCAAAGCAGUCAACACGACCAAUCUACCUACACCUCUUCAGUGACUGGUUACUCCUCUCACGCAAAAAAGAGGGUGGUCGUUUUGUUGUAUUUGACCACUGUCGAUCUUCCAAGGUCAAAGUUGAGAAAUGUGAAGUAAAGCUCCAUGGGCCACAGAAGAAUCUUUUACGGAUUUUCCUCGAGGAAAACAAUCAAGGGAAAACAGCAGAAUUUCUUCUUCGAGCACAAAAACAAAGUGAGAAACUUCGCUGGAUAUCAGCACUGACAUUUCCAAAGAAACAGCUGACCUUUGCAGAAUAUCAAGAUAAACCUCAGGUUCAGUGCUUGAAGGCUUAUAAAGCUCAAGAAAAUGAUGAGUUGAACCUAGAGAAGGCUGAUGUUCUCAUGGUCAUCGAGCGGUCCAAAGAUGGGUGGAUGGAAGGCAUCCGCUUAUCUGAUGGUGAGAGAGGUUGGUUUCCAAGCAAUCAUGUUGAUAACAUCACAAAUACGAAGGUGAGGCAAAGAAACCUUAUGGAAAUGGAGCGCAUAACUGCAGCCACAGCAAAGCUUGGAAAGAAAUGAGAGGAAAUGGAAAUUUUAACUUGAGAGAUUUGUAGAACAAAGCAACAUGAGCACUGGUUUCUACUUGCAUUCCUGGUAAAGGAUUCAUAUACAAGAUCGGACUCAGUUGAUAGCAUUAAAAAAAAGAACUGUGCCUUCCUUAAUAAUGGACCUGAUGUCAAAAGGCAUUCAGUACGAUGUUAGAUUUAAUGACAAAUCUACUGUAAGUGACUCAGAAGUGGAUACACUGUUAGUGUCUAGCCUUACAAGAGUCCCAGCCUAAAUGUCAGCGUCAUGAUACAGAAAGUUAAUUAGCUUCUAACCUUGAAAUUAUUAAGCAGGUCUUAGUAUUCCAGUACUAUCUUGUGAAAUUCUUUGCCUGAUCUUAAAAGGAUUGGGAAGGAAAAAAAAAACUACAACUUUGUCAACAAAGUUGUCAUCUUCGGACACUACUGAGUAUACCGUGCAUUUAGUAAAUAAGUUAAUCUUGUCACUUUUACGACUGUGGUAGCAUAUUUCAUUUUUCUUAACACAGCUACUCAUUAAACUGCUGGGUGAACAAUUUUAGGGCAUUCUGUCAAGAGAGCUGGUAUUUCAGUUGUGCAAUGUCUUAUUUAUGUUUUAAUCUGAAACUUUUGUAUAGUACUGAAAAGACAAAAUAUUAAAACUGCCCUGUCUCAUACUCAGUUCUGUGAAGACUGGCAUGAUAAUAGGAAAUAUUUUCGCAUCAUAGGAAGAUAGAUCAACAGCAAAAUGCAGUGGAAAGUUCAGUUUGUUUACCAAUGCAUUGCCAUAGCUCUUUUGUUUGCCUUUAUCAUCCUUUGCUGUGAGAAACUGCAGUUUUGAAUCUUAAAGCAGGAUUUCUGGCACAUUAACUCUGUAUUAACAUAUGUCUUUACUGAGUAAUACUAAUUAGUACAUAGUAAAAAAAACUAAAGGAAUUAUGGCCGUCUGCACACAGCUACAGUUUGACUUCCCAUUGUAUCUACAAUAUAAGCAUCUCUUAUAUCCUACUGGAACAACAGGCUGCAUUCUGAUCUCCAACAGAAUCAGAAAACAGUUUUGGAGCUAUCUGCAUACUGAAAACUACCAUUGUUGAGAUGUCAGCUUUCAUCCUGUGCACCUUUAUUAAAAUCUGCAUUUAAUGACACAGGAAAACAACAUAAAUGUCAUUCCAUACAUCUGCAAUGGAGUGGCUUGAAAAGUACCUCAGCCUGGGGCACAGUGGUUUCCAUAGCUAGUGAUGCCAAUCAUAAUGUACCAAAAAAUGUGUAUAUGAUGCAUGAAACCUCAGAAUUUUUCACAAUAGUGGGAGUUGGGGGGGGGGGGUUGUUACUUGAUGAAGCCUGGGCUUAGAAGUUUUGUGACUGUUAUCUUUUUCAGUUAAAUAAUGUUGCUCAUACAUUAUAAAAACUGUGAGAAUUAUUCUUGAAAUAUAUGUGCCGUUCAGAUCAGUGGGUAUGUCUUUGCGCUGUCCCAUGCAGAAGGAGAGUGGGGUCAGGGCCAGCAACUUGGGAAAUGGAACCAAUCUAAUGCCUGCAAGUAAAAUUAUGUUUAUGAAAUUAUGAUCCAUUCACCUCUAAAGCUUGACUACAUUUAUCUAUGUAUUAGUGAAUCUUGGAAUCAAAAAAUCCUACUGCUACAUCCUGAAAAUUCUCUUUCAGUUGGUGUCAAUGCAAUUGCAUGAAGACUCAAAUACUACAUAGUUUCAGUGUUCAUAGAAAGUCCUUUACAUAGAUGAUAAUAUGAAGACCUCAGAGAAGAAAUGAUGUUCUCCUAACUUUAUAUUACUGUUUACCACUGGUAUCACAAUUGGUCCUAGAAUUAAAUUACACAGAAACUGUUAGCAAACAGUGAUUACUUCUCUUCCAUAGCCUGUUAAAUGUAAGUAGCAGAUCUUGGUUAUCUUAUGUCUUCCUUUUGUCGCACUUUUAUGACGUACCUUUUGCACCCCAUGAUAGUAUGUGGUGCAUAAAGUACCAAUUAGCAUUUUCUGCAGGUCGGUGAAUGUUUUCAGUCUUCUGUUCACUUAAAAAAAAUGAUCCCUCAUAAGAUCUGUCUUCCCCUGCACUUAUGCCACUAAAAAUUAUACUCGGUGAUAUCAACAAAGGGAAAACUUGAGAUGUGUUCCUAGAGUACACUGGUUGCAUGCUGCACAGGAGAAGACACAUCUCUAAUCAAGUAUAUGCAAUAUUCCUAUGGUGAUGUCAUUCAGGAAAACAAAAUUUGUUUGAGCCAUGGUUUCAAUAAAAAUAGCCCAAAUAAAUAAGAGUGGACUAAGGCACGAUACAUCAUGGCACAUAACUCACAGAAUGUCAUGAUACAGUAUUAAAGUGUGACAAAACACUUUAAAAUGUUACUAGUUCCAUUCAUUCUUAAAUUCUAACACUGCGUUUGAUUCCAGUUUCACAUACACUGCAGGAAGGCUAUGCUAUGACUCUGCAACCCUUUUCUCUGAAAAAAAAUCCUAAUAUCCCCCUAAGCAGUUUAAAAAAAAAUCUUACCAGCAUCACAGUGACCUGUUUUCCCCUUGUGCCCUUUGGCACUGAAUAUCUCUUUCUCUGUUCUUAGACUUUUAAAUUCCAUUCAGGUUCUUAAAUGAUUUUCAUACCUCUUCCCAUUUCUUUCAUGGUGAAAUUAAGUGACAGUCUUUUACUGCAAACCUUAAAAUAUUUUAGUGUGUGUGAAAAGGGGAGACCUUCAAAACUGCAUGCCAGUACUGCAGGUGUUGCUUCCAGGAUGAUGAAUAACUUUCCACUUACUACUGUUGAUGCUUGUUCCAGUAUACCACAGCAUCUCCAAAGCUUUCUUUAAUUCCCUUUUAUUCAACUGUCACAUUUAAACAUUAUGGCUUUUGUGACUGCCAGUCUUCUAAUUUCAGAUGUGCCACCUCUCCUUGGAUUUUUCUCAUCCUGACCACUGCAGAUUUUAAAGCUGUUAAUUAAAUAUGCAUGUGGGAAUUACAGGGUCAGUUGUAACCACUUCUGAAAGUUAUAAUGUCAAAGCAACAGGGAGCUGCAGCUGCUUUUGUGAAAUAUGUAAGCAGUAAGUUGUAGUAAAGUACUGUGUACUGGUGGAUUCACCCAUGCUUCUUGUGGUUUAGCCAGCAUGGUGAUGAGAGGCUACGGAUUCAGCAGUCAUUUGAUGUAAUUUCUGACUAAGAAGGUUUCAGAAUUCCACUCCUAUUUUGUGCAUUAUGAUCAUAAAAUAAUAAGCAGCUUUAAAGUCUGUAGUGGUUUGACUCGUAGUUCAGUGACUCAGUAGAAUAUUUUUUUUAAGAUUAAGAAACUCUAACUAUCAUCCACUGACUAGUGUAGCAUGUUCCUGUCUAUAAUUUUUAUUCUGAGGCCUUGUUUUUUUUCAUAUAAUAUAAUUGUUCGGUAUAAAGGCAAUGAAUUUAAUCACAUAAUAGAAAAUAUGAAUUAUUUUAAAAAUCAAUAAACUAACAGAUCCCUAUUUGCACAUCAUAGUAAUGAAAAAGAAAACAGAUCCACUUUGUAGUGAAAAAAAGAGUCAGCAGUGCCUUAAAGUUUACUGGAAAAAAUAUGGGAGGGUGUUCAGUAGUCACAGUUUCAAGAUACUGUUAAAAGUUUGAUUUAAAUGAUGCCAGACUGAAACUUACUUCUUAGGACAUUCAUUGUGAAAAAAUACUUAACUAUAAGUAAACUGUACCAGACUGGUUUACUGAACACAUUUUAUGCAAGCUGUAAAGCAUAACAUUAUCCAGCUGGCCCCAAAGCUAACAGCUAAAUUUUAGUUUUUCAUGUGUAUUUUUGUCUGUUAGGGAAAAAGCUCUACAUAUAUCAACAGCAAAGUCUGAGCACAGACUCAUAACUUAAUAAGGUUUGCACUCCCCCCACAAAAAAAAAAAAAAAAAAAAAAAAAAAUGCUGUUUUAAAAGGGCAUUGAAUGCUAUACAAAUAUUCAUUCCAGUUAAAAAAAAAAAAAAAGAUAAGUUUAUCUCACCAUGGGGUCUCAACAGCCCCAGAAGCAGAUUGUACAGAGUUAGUACCUGGCACCAUCUAUCUUGGUGAAACAUCCUUGGUAACACUGUAGGUGGUAAGAUUCUAUCAUUCUGUACUGUGAAUUCUGAUUAGGUAGAAGUGUUCUAAUUCAAAGGUCUAAAGCGUGAAACUGUACCAGCUACGAUACACUGUUAUAAAGGGUUUGGAAAGAGGAUACGAGGUGUUAACUGGGGUUUAGACAAAGGGCUAAAAAGUAUGUAGUUACUCCUCUGGUGAAUAAACUUUCUCCAUCGAGGGUUUAUGUACAGAUAAAGCCCAGCAAAAAAAAAAAAAAGGUCUGCCACUUCACUGCAGCAUACUAAACUAACGUGAGGCAGUGACUGAAUUAAAGCAAAUGCCCAACAAUAUUUUAUGGUCACUAAAUGCAGCUUUGCUGUUUAGCAAGUAUAAAAUAAUAAUAACAAUAGCAAUACUAAAGUAAAGGAAAAAAAUUCAAAAAAAGUAUCCGCAGUAGCACUUACAAGUACUUGUCUUUUAAGUAAAAGAUACCCCUCCCUAAACAAGGUUUUAAAAAGCUGCAUUUACCUAGG